CAACUAGCUGCUUACCAAGCUAUGCUAUCAAACAGGUUGCUUAUUCUGGUUACCCAUCGUAGUGUUGGCACAGAUAAAUGUUGCACUAUUGCAAUGGGGAGUUUGACAACACAUUGAAGCUCAAGUAGACAUGCAAAGAUGUGAUUGCAGCUAGAAAAAAAAAACUGAAGAUGGAUAAGGAGAGCAAACUGAUUUCUACUGUCCCGGCUUUUGACCAUAAACAUCAGAGGGCACAGAAAAGAGAAGCCACUGAUGCUCACACAGCUUUUAAUACUCCUCUGGUGUUACCAAAUCCUUAUCUGUCAGAUCAGACUUUGAGAAGGAACCAGUCAGAUGUGAGUCUGAAACCAGCAAGAAAAGGAGGAGAUGCUUCAAGGAGUCAUGGCUUCAGCUGUCUUGUGAGAGAGACCAGUGAUGAUUUCCUACACAGGUCCAUACAAGAUCCUCAAACAAAGCCAUCAAAAAGCAACAAUGACUCUAAGGGUAGAAUCAUGGGGAAGACAUCAAUGGAUGCACAUAAAAAAGGAUUUAGAGGUGCUAGGUCUGCCCCAAACUCUGCAAGGAAGUCAACACCAGUGCAGACAAACUCGGAUGAGUUUGAAGUGAAGAUGGCUGAUUUUCCUGAGUUAGCUGGUGUUUCACUGAACAAAGCGGCUCGUCCUGCACGUCAAAAAGAGGAUCCAAAUCCUCGAGCUGCAAGUCCCCAAACACCUAAUCUGGGGUCUUCCUGGAGGGUUGGCAGGAGAGGAUCCCCAACACGACUUGACCCCCCGCAAAAUGCCACUAAUGCAAAGCCAGACACUUUUGUUUUCCCAGCAGCCCUGCCCGCAGUGACAUCUUGGGCCAAUAUUGCCUCUCAGCCUCCAAAAAAACCUGUUCCCGCAGACGAGACAAUCAGCCACGAUGCCAUGCGGAUAGAGGACAUGGCUGCACCGAAGGAAGAGGGAGGCCCUGGAAGGAAAAAAAGGAAGAAAAAGAAGAAGGCUAAAAGUGGCGUUGAAAGUGCAGAAACAGAACAUCCACCUAUACCCCAAGUGCCUCCAAAAUUUGAGGAUGAAAAGGAGUUCCCUGGCUUGGCUGUUGUUUUCACUGGGACUGAUAGGUUAAUAACCAGCAGCAAUACAAAGCUAUGCAGUAAGAUUUUUAAGGAAAACCAAAGAGAAGGAGGACAGCAACAGUCUGCAGACCUGAACAAGGAAAAACCACCUGUAGGAAAAACUCAGCCCACAGAAGCUGCUAAAAAAGGACAGAAAGCUGAGAAAGUGUCUGGGAAGAAGAGCAAGGUUCCUGUCCAGCUGGACAUCGGAAACAUGUUGGCUGCUCUGGAAAAGAAGCAACAAUCUCAGAAAGCCAAGCAGGAUGCCAAGCCGGUCAUUCUUUCAGUUGGGGGCGGACUACCUGUUGUCCAGAAGCAACCACCAGCUCAGAAGAAGCUGCACUGGCAGCCGGAUAAAAUUGCACACAAUCCCUUAGAUUCAACAAGCCCUUUGGUAAAGAAAGGCAAGCAAAGAGAGGUUCCCAAAGCCAAGAAACCUACUCCUCUCAAAAAGGUAAUUUUAAAAGAAAGAGAGGAGAGGAAACAGCGACGUUUACAAGAGGAGAGAGGAUUGCUGCCAGAAGACGAGUCCAAACUCUCUACUGAUGCUACAGAGGAGCAGUAUGACACAAAUGCCACAGAUGAAGUUGGCAGUUCUACAGAGGGAAUAGAUGAUCAGCUGGAGGUAAAUGAUAAACAUCCAGUCAUUGGAGAGGGUGACGAAGUGACUGACAAAGAUGAGACCAUACAGCAACACAUCACCCAUCCAGCCAAUGCACCCAAAAUCCACAGCAGGAAAUUCAGAGACUACUGCAGCCAGAUGCUGAGAAAAGACGUGGAUGAGUGUGUGACAACUCUGCUAAAGGAGCUGGUUCGUUUCCAGGACCGUCUGUACCAGAAAGACCCCAUGAAGGCCCGCAUGAAGAGGCGGAUCGUGAUGGGCCUUCGGGAGGUCCUGAAACACCUUAAACUCAGGAAGGUCAAAUGUGUCAUCAUCUCACCGAACUGUGAACGGAUCCAGUCCAAAGGUGGUCUGGAUGAAGCUCUCAACACAAUCAUCAACACGUGUCGCGAACAGGGAGUGCCGUUUGUGUUUGCACUUUCCAGGAAAGCGUUGGGACGAUGUGUCAACAAGGCUGUGCCUGUCAGCCUGGUGGGCAUCUUCAACUAUGACGGUGCACAGGACCACUAUCACAAGAUGAUCGAGUUGUCGUCUGAGGCCAGGAGAGCCUACGAGGUGAUGGUGUCAAGCCUGCAAAGUGAUGACCAGAUGGGUACAGAGCUGGAAGAAAACACAAAGGAACUGCAGAUACACAACCUGACUAAGGAACCUAAGGCUGGUCGCGACACCCCAGAGGAACCAGAGUAUAUGAAAAUCUGGAAGACCGUGUUGGAAAAAGAAUGCAACCACGCGCUUCUGAACUUUGAGGAGCAGCUAAACUCCAUGCACUUGGACAGUGAAUGUACAGAAAACACUGAAGAGGAAACAAGUUGAUAGUAGAAAAGCCUUUUGUGCCUAAAACAAAAACAACCACACAGAAUUAAAUUUAUCUAAUAUUUGCAGUAAAGUUUGAAUUCUCUUUUUAAGAUGAACCAGUGCGGAACCAGUCACUUGAAGAAAUCCCACAAUAUGAAUGGUCAGCCAUGUUUUCUGUGAUGUGGAAGGGAUGCUGCAGCAAACACACAUUAUUAACCUGUUAUAGACAAAUGAUCUACAAUGACUUCAGUUUGCAUUUUGAGCCACUAUAUUGAUUUUUUUUUUUUAAUAUAUUAAUUAUUUUUAGGUUAAAAUAUUUUUCUGCCAUUUGUGCCAUUUUUGUAACAGUGAGCAAAUAAUAGGCCUUUAGGACCUGGGCUGUGAAAGGAGGGCUGCUAUGGAACAACAUGCAGAAGAAUAUUAAGGUAUGAUUUAGAAAGGAUGUAGUCAUAAGUUAUUUUCUUUAGAUGUGACAUUCUUGCAUAAGAAAUUCAGAAAGAAUCAUGGGAAUAUCAGCACUCAAAGUUCCCACGCUUACUCAUCCCACUAACGUUACACCUUCACACUAAAAUCCUUCAUUUGUUCACAAAAGCUAAGAAAAGUCUGUUUUUAAAUCUGUAUUUGUGUCCUUAAUUCCAUAGUAAUGUUUCACAGUAAUGCUGCAUAUUCUGUUCUUAUAUAUUUUUAAUAGUAUUUUAUUUUUGAUGUUGGUAUACAAGAAACCAACAUAGUGAAAACAUUUUUUACUUCACGAAACAAUACACUUAUAAAGUUAGAGUUUAGUUCCAAGUUCAUGGCUUUUCAUCUCUACAGCAAACACGUUGUUUGUGUAACUUUAGGUUUGUCUUUAUAGACUUUUAUUAAUAAAUAUUUUAAUUUUUUUAACUAAGUUCAAAGAUUUUCUACAUGUUCAUACUUAGUUGGUUAUAAUGUACUGAUGGUUAUGCAAAGCCAAAGGUCGUCGGAUUUCAGAAAACUUCCAAAGCUCAAAAUUCACCACCGCAGCUGGAAACAUUAAGGACAAACUAGGUUUAAUUUGGAUUUAUGCACUUGUUUCUUUGAAUAAGAUUUUUUUUUACUGGAAGAACCUUUAAAUAAUAGGUAACUUUAUCAUCAGUAAUAAAAAAGUGUAACUUUGUUUAGUUAUAAAACUGGACAAAUUAUAGUUAACUAAUGUGCUGGAUGACAAUCAGGUUAGAAUAAGCAGUGAAUUAUAAAAUCUGUAAGUUAGACCACACUUUUACUUCAUAAAUUAUGAAAAAAAUCAAGUUGUUAAUUUGUGGAAGGUGUGAUUUGUUUAAAAAAAAUCCAAACCUAACAGAAAAAGGAUGAAAGUCAGUUCUCUUGUCUUUUAGAUGGUAAUUAAGCAUCAGGGUCAUACAGGAUGGUUGUAAUGGUAUCUAUUGGAGGAUUAAUGCAUGCAUGAUCUACAUGGUGUUUUCAUGGGACACAGCAUGACAUGCUGCAGGAAGCUACAGAAUUAGUUCCAUUCAACUCCUGACAGGCACAUUUAAUGACUACAAAAUGGAAACAUUGAUAAUAUGCAACUUCUGUGAAUAACGUGUGUUGUGGAAACCACAUGUUGCAGUCAUAAGUUUUAUAGGAAUGUUUGAUGUCUGUGGUACUAAGAGACUGUGAACCAAUUUCAAAGUGUGUUAAAUAUGUAACUGACACUGAGCACAUUGAAAGAAGUGUAGAUGGUCUGUAUUUCUUAGAUAUAUUUUUGAUUCAGAUCUUUUACAGAUUUCUGUUUAUGCAACGCAAAUGACCAAAAACGGCAUAUCAGUAAACAGUACCGAUUUUUUCUUUUUUUGUUUGUUUUCACUAAAUGGAUGGGAAACUAAAAUUGGGGGUUUUGAGCUGAUUUAAUUUAAAAAAUUAAUAAAAUUGUAUGUUUUAAGUUUAGUGGACCACGUUUCAUAGAGGGAGGGGGCUAAAUGAUCAGUGAUUAAUGGAUCUGCUGAAAUGCACAGAAAAAGUUUAUAUGGUAUUUUUGUCAUUUUUCAUGUUUGUGGGACAGAAUGAGUUUUUGGUCCGAAUAAAGAAUAUUUGAAAAACA